AUGACUUCAUAUAUAGGUGAAGUCAUUUUUUCUACAACAAGUGCAACCAAAAUAUAUAUUAAUCUUGAAAUAGAUUAUGUAACAUCUUUAAUUGAGAGAUUUUCCACCACCUCCAAUCGAGUGCAAGAUAUUGAAAGCUCCAAUGUCAAUAAGUUUUCUCUUGAGGAAGAGAUGUUACUCAACCGCUUGAGUAUUAAAGAAAUAUUAGAGACUAAUUGGGAUGAUCAAGUCAAGGAGUGCAUUACUACAAUAAGGUGCAAAAUUAUUGGUAUAGACAACACUUUUGGAUGGUACAAAAUACAUAUAAGAGUCAUGGAUAAAACUGGAGAAACAACUUUUGUCUUAUUUAAUGUUGUAGCUGAAAAAUUACUUGAUACAUCUGCGCACAAGUUAUUCAAUAGGUUAUCUUCAAACAAUAAUAAUAUUCCUACAGAGAUUGAAACUCUUUGUGGAAAAGAUUUUGUUUAUAAGUUAAGAUUGAACGAAUAUAACUUGAAAGAGGGUCUUGAAAAUUUUACCGUAUCUAAGAUUUUUGUGCCUGAUGAGAAAUUAGAGCGAGACCAUGAAUUAAAGAAGGCAAGGAAGGAAAAAGUUGCUGGAAAUGAUGGAGAUGAGAAACUAAGGGUAAGGAAAGAAAAUCAUUCUCAAGAUGUGGGUUAUCAUGAUUUGGAGGAUUCUAUGGAAGACUAUGAUCUCACAAUUCAAAGUAGAAAGAGAAAAAAACAUAUUGUAGUUGAUGAUGAAGAUGAUGAUUAA